GUCCUACUCUUAAACUUCAACACAAAUUCAUAUUCCCUCUUAUUUUGUUUAAUCAAUUUGGUUUGGGAAUUGAGAUUUUUUUAAUCAUUUUAAAGAGAAAGAGAUUCCAUAUUAGAUUAAAGUAGGUGCGGAGGAAACAUCUGGGUUUUUGGGUGAAGGGUUAUUAUUAGCUUCUUCUCUCUCCCUUCACUUACUCUUCUCAAUUUUCAACCUCCUCCUUCAGUUCCAUUUGCUUCCAUAGUUGUUUUCUGUUGCUUUUAAAUAUCUCCUCUGGAACAUUACUACUUCAUCAACCAUCUAUCUUCCUCUCCCUUUAAAGAAUUUGAAUCUCUCAAUUUACAGAAACCCUGAACUGAUCUGAAGCUCUUGCAGACAUGGCUGAUAGGGUUUACCCUUCGAAACCCAAUUCAAAUCUUCCUCAAACACUAAAACCCAAUGGCAAUCCUUCAUUCCCGCCCACCAAAGCUCAGCUCUACAACCGCCCAAUCUAUCGUCCACAGCCGAAGCCCCAGCGCCGCCGCCGCCGCCGCCGCAGUUGCUGCUGCAUCUGUUGCCUCUGGACUACGCUCCUCAUCAUCACUAUCCUUGUCCUCGCAGCCAUAGCCGGCGCCGCCUUAUGGGUCCUGUACCGCCCCCACCGCCCCACCUUCACUGUGACGUCCCUCCAGAUCUCGCAGUUCAACGUCACCACCUCCUCCGACGGCUCCUCCACCAAGCUCAAGUCCAAGCUCAAUCUCACUGUCGUCGCUCGAAACCCAAACAAGAAGCUCGUUUUUAUUUACGACACAACCGAUGUGACCAUGAGCUCCAGCGGCGUCGAUGUGGGUAAGGGAACUUUGCCGGCGUUUACCCAUGGAACCAAGAACACGACCGUUUUGAAGGGGACGGUGUCAAGUGCCGGUGAAGAUCUGGACUUAUCGUCGGUGUCGUCGUUGAAGUCGGAUCUGAAGAAGGGUGGGAUACCAUUGGUGGUAGAGAUGGAUACGAAGGUGAAGCUGAAGAUGGGAGGUCUGAAAACAAGUAAGGUUAUGAUCAGGGUUAUUUGCAAGGGGCUGAAAGCAAAUGUUCCGAAAGGGAAGACGCCGGCGACUUUGUCUUCUUCGUCUGAUACGACAUGUGUGGUUAAGCUUCGGAUCAAGAUCUGGAAAUGGACAUUCUGAACAAUAUCAAAAUUUUUUUUUUUUCUUCCUUCAUCUUUACUGUUUUGAACUGAAAUGGGUUUUAUUUUUUUGGUGUUUUACUGGAAGAUCUAAAGUGUUUCAUAUGUAAAUGAAAAAAAAAAAGGGUAGAAAUUAGAGACAAAGAAAGAGAAAGUUUAUGAUUAUGGUCUUGAAUUUGAUGUAAAAUUCUUUUCAGAAUUCCAUUACUGACCUUUUUUUUCCCUUUAA